AUCUGUUCCGACCAAUUGAAGUACGUCGCUACAAAAUGCAAGUGCAUUCCCGCCCAGCCAUAAACUGCUACUUUGGUGAUAACGAAAAACGUCUUCUCGAUCUGGGGCUCAAUCAACACGCUGUCUCUCGACCCCUAUUGAUGGAAGCACAUGAGUAUUGGCUCCACCACAGUCACGUACGGACGGCGCUUCAUAGUGGUGCCUCAUGCAGCAUAGAUAGUUAAAUUGUCCAGCAUGCGAGAAAGACGUCCAAGCAACGCCUGAGCCAAAGAAAGAUCUGCUUUUUGCCCAACCAAGAUCUAGUACGCGGUUCGAACCCGCACAGCAAUUUUUCGUUAUCGUUGUUGCCAAGAUUUCAAAGCAAAUCGACGAGCGCUGCUCCAUACAGCAUAUAUUUAUAUAUCCAUCAAGUGCAAGUGCGUCGGUCGCGGUCGGCGCUCGGAGACGAUCAGGACGCGACGCUGCAAAUGCGCAAGCCAGAGGCGAGUGGCCAGCAAGUCAGUUCCGCAUUGGCUUCGAACUACGGAUACAUCCGAAGAUCGAAGGCGAACUGCGAGUUUGAUUGGCCAAGCGGCGGACUUCCGUGGAUCGCAAGAGGACCUACAUUCCAUUCCGCUUGCAAGAAGCACGAGGAAGAGACUCGAGAUGGACCGGUCCAUGCCCCCGCUCCCGCCGGCCGAGCCGCGCCGGGGCGUCCUGCAGACGGCGGCGCCGCGCAAGUCGAUCGACUCGAUCGAGGUCUCGGCGACCGGCUCCUGGUCCAAGCACCCGCAGCUCUACAUGCAGCGCGUCUACUGCGCGCUCGAGUCGUCGCGCAAGUGCGUGGCCACGUGGACGUGCAAUGGCACCGCCUUCGCCGUGCUCGACAUCCCGGCCUUUGAAGAGGAGAUCCUCACGGUCUACUUCAAAGGCAUUCGCUUCCACAGCUUUGCGCGCAUCCUCAACGGCUACGGCUUUAAGCGGGCGAAGCGCAAGGACGGGACUGCGUACGACUUUCAACACCCGCAGUUUCGCCGCGGCAACUGGAAGAACCUCCCGCGCCUCGCGCCCAAGCGCAAGCCCGUCGAGGAAGUCAUGGAGAAGCGCGUCGAGGACCUCACGAUCCUCUGCGGCGAGCUGCAGAAGAACCUCAAGGAGAUGCGCAACGAGAUUGGCCGCCUUCUCCAGGAGGAGGAAGAAGAAGAGCAGCACGAAGAGCGCCAGCGCCGAGCAGCUCAAACCGAACGCAGUCACCACCGCGAUGAUGAUGAUGACGAGGAAGAAGAGGAAGAGGACGACGAUGACGAUGGAGCUUCCGUCGCGUCGUCGUCGUAGCUGCCCUCUAUCUAUAGUAGUUUUGUGUGUUUAAAGUGUGCGUCCCUUACUUGUCUCGGCGCCGCUUGACACUGG